UUGAUUUACACAUAAUUCAGUAUUAUUUUAUCAAACAAUUUAGUGUGCAAGUGUAUCUUCAAGUGCAAAAUAAGUCAAAUAACAGUUGAAGGAAUCGCAAUUUCUACACAAAGCGAAGAUUAUAAAAAUUGCAGCGUAGAAUCAAAAUGAAAGCAGUUUGCCUGCAGGUUGCAAAAAGUUUCUUUUACAUUCUGCUACUGUUAGUUUUCAUUUUGUUCAGCUUUGCUUCGCGUGUACUUUUUGUGUGAACGAAUCUCCGAAUCUCCACGGAUUCAUUACCCUCCGAACGACGUAGUUUUCUGGCCUCAAACUUCCACUAAUCUAGCUUGUCUAAACUCAGAAACUCGUAAUGUGAAAUAGCAAUGAAAACCCAAUCAGUGGCGAAAGUAAUAAUCAACUAUGUUUAAAUACCCAGAUUGUGGAUUACUUCUGUCAAAAGGUUUCUCAUAUAUCACCAAGGUGCAUCAUCUGCACAGGAAGUGUUAGAGGCGUACCACAACUGCAAUGGCAGACGAUCGGAUCAGAGCAAUCUACGCUUCACCAGAAUACCAGCAGCAUCGAUUACGAGUUAUUGCCGCACUGCAAUUAGAUGACCAAAAUGAGCAAUUAAAUGACCAACAUGAACAAUUACCUACACCCCGCCAUGCCGGAAUUCCGCGAUCCCAAUCCCACAUGGUCAACCUGUUGUCCGAUGAUUUCAUCGCUGGAUACAUGGACGAAGGCCGAAUGUCUGUGGUGCGCCGAUUUUUCUGCUUAUUCGUUACAUUCGAUGUAGUAUUCGUCUCGCUUCUCUGGAUUAUCUGCGUUGUGAUUACAGGUGACAACAUUAUGCACGCUUUACAGUCUCAAGUGGUACACUAUACCAUCUAUACCUCGUUGUUCGACGUGGUCAUAACCGCUUUGAUACGGUUUAUUUUCUUGACUCUGUUUUAUGGGCUGUGUCAUCUGAAUCACUGGAUUGUGAUAGCAUUUUCUACAACCGGUUCAUGCGCCUUUUUGAUCUAUAAAGUGUUUAUGUACAACUGGACAGCGACACCGCAACCCGUUUUCGAGGUUCUGCUGGUCGUGAUAUCAUUUGUUCUGGCAUGGGGCGAAGCAUGGUUUUUGGAUUGUCGGGUUAUUCCUCAGGAACGAUAUGCGAGUAGGUACAAUGCUUUCAUUCAGUCUCAAGCGGAAGCGCGUACUCCACUGCUAGCUCAAUUUCUUACAUCAAGUCUGGCAAGAGCUACCGAAAGUGUUAGAAAUUAUUACUCUCCCUAUGAUUCCAUCCACAACAGCGAAGAUGAGGAAGAUGAACAGGAUGAGGAGUUCAAACGCAUGGGCACGGAAUGCGUUCGGAAGGCGUAUGCGUUACUGGAAUCGAAUGAUUGGAAACUGGAAAAGAUGACACAAGAUGGAGAUGUCAUUCGAAGUUGCACUCAGGAUAAACUUGGAAAAAUUUAUAGAUUAACGGGGAAAAUUCAUUAUCCUGCUAGACAGUUGCUACAGGAGCUGUAUUAUAAAAUUGAAGAAAUACCCAAUUGGAAUCCAACAUUACUAGAGUCGAAGAUUAUUCGGAAAAUUGAUAGUCACACGGAUAUUUCUUACCAAGCGACUAUCGGUGGCGGAGGCGGCGUGGUAAAAUCUCGUGACUUUGUGAAUUUACGAUGUUGGCAUUUAUGUCGCGAUGGACGCGUGAUAGAGGGUGUGGAUCUGUAUCCAGCAAAUCCAGAGAUGGGCGUGCUGACGCCUGUUACCGAGGAUACAGAUGAAGACAACGACGGACCGGAUGGUGCUAGCGAUAGCGACGACGAAUGUGUCCUGCGCCACUCAUCGUCGACCCAAAUAACCAAAUCGAGUAGCGAAUUUAAAUUAAGUAGUAAUAGUGUAGGUAAUAGUAACGAGCAGCAGACAAAAACAGCAUUUGCGACGCUUAGCAAAAGCUUAGGAGCGCAAGAUUUCCAGCACACCGGUGCAGGUGCUAGCUCCGAUCCAGAAGAUGUCUUUUCUGAUGCAUUGACUGAACCAAAAGAGACCGAAGAUUCGGACAGAGCUAGUUCGAGCCGAAAACGACGGGCAGCAAAAAGCACUGAAGCGCAGAAAGGAGGUAAUGUUUACGUUAGUGCUGCAAUCAGUAUCGAGUACCCCGGUGCGCCUGUCACGAACAAAUAUAUUAGAGGUGAAAAUAAUGUGUCAUGCUGGGCGAUGCGUGAAAUUGAGAAUCAAAAAGGUCACUGCAUUUUCGAGUGGUUGCUCUGUUUGGAUUUAAAAGGCUUUAUUCCACGCUAUGUACUAGACACUGCCUAUACAACACUGAUGCAAGACUAUAUGACCCAUCUCCGUAAGUAUGUGGUGGAAUUACGAAAAGAAGGAAAAGUGCCUGCGAAUAACGUCACAACAACUUCUAGGAGUAAGGUGGCAAACUCCUCCGCUGUUACACCGAAAGCUUCCUAAUUUAUAAAGUCGAUACUAGAUUUAGCCGCAUAUUUUAUCCGUUUCCAUUAUAAAUUAGAGACAAAAAUCGCGAUAAUUUGUAUUUUGGAAAACAUCUGUUUUAUUAUGUUUGUCGCAAUUAUGUUGAAAUGAUUUUGUCCCUAGAAAAAAUAUUGUUAAAAAAAGUAUUCUGAAUAACCCUGUGCGUAAAUUAUUUUUUCAAUCAAGAGCUGAUCCAUCAGAACAGUAGUUUCAGUUCUUUAUACCAUGUAUUGUGAUAGAAAUAAAUUUUUCUAUUGGGACAAUCCAGAUUCCUACAA